AUGGUUCGGUCAACCCAAAUUGCAAGGCUAGAUGGCCUUAUGCUGGCCGCAUCGGUCGACGAUGAGCAGGCCGAAUCAGAGCUUGCUGAAAUCAAAAGUCAAGCGAAAAUGAUCUUUCGGCGGUUAAAUCGCAACUCCGCACCACAAGCCAGUAUUGAAUCUGGCCAGUACUGUCUACACUACACAAUCCAGGACGAUAUCUGCUUCCUAUGCAUUGCCGACAAGUCUUACCCCCGCAAGCUCGCCUUCACCUAUCUUGCUGAUGUGGCCUCCGAAUUCACGACAACCUAUACCCCCUCGCAGUACCUCUCACCCACACUCCGUCCAUAUGCUUUCGUCGAGUUCGAUACCUUUAUUCAGCGCACAAAGAAACUGUACCAGGACAGUCGCGCAUCUCAGAACCUCGACAAGUUGAACGAUGAGCUCCGUGAUGUCACGAAGGUGAUGACGAAGAACAUCGAGGACCUUUUGUACCGAGGCGAUAGCUUGGAGCGGAUGGGCGAACUAUCGGGUCGAUUGCGUGAGGACAGCAAGAAGUACAGAAAGGCGGCUGUACGAAUCAACUGGGAAUUGAUGUUGAAGCAGUAUGGACCUUUCGCUGGCGUCGGGCUUGUUAUCCUUAUUCUUCUUUUCUGGCGAUUCUUCUGA